AUGGCAGCAGCUGAGUUAGGAAUAAUAACAAGCAAAGAUGAGCAUUACAAUGGCAAGAUGACCCUGCUUGUUGUGCUAUCUUGUAUGGUUGCUGCCAUGGGAGGCAUUAUUUAUGGCUAUGAUAUUGGGAUUUCAGGUGGAGUGACUUCAAUGGAGCCGUUUCUCAAGAAAUUUUUCCCAGAAGUGCACACUAGGAUGAAAGAAGAUACCAAAACCAGCAACUACUGCAAAUUUGAUAGCCAACUUUUAACAGCAUUUACAUCCUCACUCUAUAUAGCUGGCCUUGUAGCUUCCUUCUUUGCCUCUUCAGUCACCAGAACCUUCGGCCGAAAGCCUUCAAUCCUUGUAGCUGGUGCCUCAUUCCUUGCUGGUUCGGCCUUAUGCGGUGCAGCUACUAAUGUCUAUAUGCUAAUAUCUGGUCGUAUCUUGCUUGGUGUUGGGGUUGGCUUUGCAAACCAGUCAGUCCCACUUUAUCUCUCAGAAAUGGCACUACCUAGACACAGAGGAGCUUUCAACAUUGGCUUCCAAUUAUGUGUUGCCAUUGGAGUAUUAUCAGCUAACCUCAUCAACUUUGGUGCCGAAAAGAUCACAGGCGGCUGGGGGUGGCGAAUCUCCCUAUCCUUGGCAGCGGUCCCAGCCUCAAUACUAACUCUAGGUGCUCUUUUACUGCCAGAAACACCCAACAGCUUAAUCCAACGCUCCAACGACCACCAAAAAGCGGAGUCAAUGCUACAACGAACACGAGGAUGCGAAGAUGUCCAAGCAGAACUGAAUGAUCUCAUCAAAGCAAGUGAAAAUUCAAAAACCAUCAAACACCCUUUUAAGAAAUUGAUGCAAAGAAAGUAUAGGCCUCAACUUGUCAUGGCAAUUGCCAUGCCAUUCUUUACACAAGUGACUGGGAUCAAUGUCAUCUCAUUUUAUGCGCCAGUACUAUUUAGAACACUUGGUCUAAGUGAAAGUAUGUCACUCUUGUCAGCUGUGAUGAGCGCCGGCAUGGUAGGCACCUGCGCAACAUUUGUAUCAAUGCUUAUGGUGGACAAACUAGGCAGAAGAACUCUGUUUGCAAUUGGGGGCAUUCAAAUGUUUGUGUCACAAGUUAUAGUAGGGAGCAUAAUGGCUGCUGAGCUAGGUGACAUUGGUGGAAUAAGCAAAGGGUAUGCAUAUUUGCUGAUCAUCUUUGUGUCUGUGUAUGUAGCUGGGUUUGCUUGGUCAUGGGGCCCACUAGGGUGGCUGAUCCCAAGUGAGAUUUUCCCACUGGAGAUAAGAUCAGCUGGGCAAAGUGUUACAGUGGCAGUAAACUUUGUGUCGACUUUUGGUAUUGCUCAAUCAUUUCUAUUCAUGCUUUGUCACUUCAAGUCUGGGAUUUUCUUCUUUUUUGGAGGUUGGGUUAUGGUGAUGACUGGUUUUGUGUACCUCUUGUUGCCUGAGACUGCAAAUAUUCCUAUUGAGAAGAUGGAUAGGGUGUGGAUGGGGCAUUGGUUUUGGAACAGAUAUGUGGGACAAGUGAGGGAGGAUAGUGAUUAA